AUGGCUUCUACGAUGGCUGCCAACUCUGUCCACAACGUGAGUGACGUAAGCGGCAACCCAAUGGAUUCGCGUUUGACACACGAGAUGCAGGUUCGAUCGACUCGAGGUGGUACCAUGGGUUCAUCUGGCAUGAACACCGAUCGCUCGCGCGGUCCCAACAACAACAGCGUGAGCAAGGGUUUCGGCACUACUGGAAAGACCAGCUGGAACAAUAUAUGGGGUGAUUCGAACCUGGGAGGCGCUUUCGCGGAUGGCAGGUCUCUCGGCAGAAGCAAUCUCUGCGAACCCUUCGAGCCCCAACGGCCGUUGACAUCAUACUCAGGCGAGCACAUUGGCGAGACGGCAUUUGAAGGUAAAUCAGGGUCUGGUUCUUUGUUGUCCACGUCCGAGUCGGAUAGCUGGAGUGGACGCCCUAACCUGCCGUGGACCACUGUCAACACGUCAUUGGCAAUGGCUCAGAACCGAUCUCAUGCCACAUCGCCUGUUGAAACUCGUUCUAGCGACCGUAACGCGCAGCAGAUCAACACUGCCAGCGACUCAUCUUACUUCACCCUUCCCGAACCUCAGGUAUUUCCCACGUCCGCGGGCACCGUCAGUCACCGUCCUUACCUUAACUCGGCAUCUGAGGGCGUGUCGCCAUCGAGUGACGGAAUGACUUUCGGUGGAUUCCCCGCCUUGCGCAAUGGUGAUGGUCGUCGUCAAAUGAGCACCACCGGUCUCAGUGGUAGUCCAGUUGGCACAACUUUCCCUAAUCAGCCUGGCUUCCACGCGUCUCUUGAUGGCUCGCGUAACGACGAAUUAAACACCAUGAGCAUGUCGUCGAUGUCCGGCAUUCCUGAUAACGUGUCUCCCACGCAGGCGCGAAGUGCCCUGUCUCACAUGUCCCACAACUCUGUCUCGUAUGCUCAACGUCCCGCUCAUUCUGCCCAUCCCUCCUUCUACUCAGACAACCACAGUGUCGAUGGUCGUUAUGGCAACGCCUCCAUUGAUCUUGGUGGUUCUUUCAAUAAGCUACAGCUGAAUGAUACUGGAUACAACGCUCAGGCUUCCGGUCAGCGACCUCAGUACGCAUCUCACGCCUCAUUCGAUAGCUCGAUCUCUCGUGGAAAGUACCAGCAUGAGGAUGUCUACCAGCUGGGUUAUGAGGGUGGAUCCGACAUGCACCUUCAGUAUCAAGCUCGUUCUCGCGGUGCUGAGACUGGAUCCAUCUCUCCAUCCGACUACGUUCGCAUGGAUAGUCCACUCUACUCUGGCGUCGAAGGUCAGUAUCGAAACAACGGUCGUAUUUCGGAAGCUCAAGCCGCUGCGUAUGAUCGCCGCCUGCGAGGUUUCCAGGAGCAAGAGUUCAUCCCUGGCCAGGGUAACUCUAUGCAACGCAUGCAGAUGCCCCAGUCGUACGAAUACCAGAACUAUCAAGCUGCUCGUUUGAACGCCCUUCAGGGUUUCUACCCAGUCAAUCAACUUGGUAAUAUGGGGCCCGCGGGACUCUUGACUCGCCAGCACCGCGAACACGAUCCAACCCAAGUUGUGCGGAGUCCUCUUCUGGAGGAAUUCCGUGCUAACAGCAAGGGCAAUAAGCGCUACGAGCUGAAGGAUAUUUACAAUCACGUUGUGGAGUUCAGUGGUGACCAGCAUGGUUCGCGUUUCAUUCAGCAGAAGCUGGAGACGGCCAACAGCGACGAAAAGGAGCAGGUCUUUCGGGAGAUCCAGCCCAACUGCCUGCAGCUCAUGACCGACGUAUUCGGCAACUAUGUUGUGCAGAAGUUAUUCGAGCAUGGUAACCAGACUCAAAAGAAGAUACUCGCCAACCAAAUGCGAGGUCAUGUCCUAGCCUUGUCCACUCAGAUGUACGGAUGCCGUGUUGUCCAGAAGGCUCUGGAGCACAUUCUCACCGAUCAGCAAGCUGCAAUGGUCAAGGAAUUGGAGAACCACGUGCUGAAGUGCGUGCGUGAUCAGAAUGGUAACCACGUUAUCCAGAAAGCCAUCGAGCGGGUCCCAUCGCAGUACGUGCAGUUUAUCAUCAACGCUUUCCGAGGCCAGGUCAACCGUCUUGCUGCUCAUCCGUACGGUUGCCGUGUUAUCCAGCGCAUGCUCGAGCAUUGCGAGGAGAUUGAUCGCGAAUCUAUUCUCGCUGAACUGCAUGCUUGCACUUCGAAUCUCAUUCCCGAUCAGUUUGGUAACUAUGUCAUCCAGCAUGUCAUCGAGAACGGUGAUGAGAAAGACCGCAACCGCAUGAUUGUGAUUGUCAUGUCGCAGCUGCUCGCCUACUCCAAGCACAAGUUCGCGAGCAACGUCGUCGAAAAGAGCAUCGAGUUUGGUGAAGAAAGCCAGCGUCGUCACAUCAUCAACACCCUGACAAUGCCCAAUGAUCGGGGCGAGAGCCCUCUUCUCGGACUCAUGCGUGACCAGUACGGCAAUUAUGUGAUUCAAAAGGUCCUGGGCCAGUUGAAGGGAUCGGAGCGGGAGGCUCUUAUUGAGCAGAUCAAGCCUCUGCUAAGCCAACUUAAGAAGUUCAGCUAUGGCAAGCAAAUCGUAGCCAUUGAAAAGCUCAUCUUCGACCCCAACUGCCCAGCCGCUGGCCCUGUGUCUCACGCAACGUCGACUACCCCUCCCAACUCCCACAAAUCCUCUCCCCAGCCCUCCAAGCGGGUUCUCCCCAUGGAGCAGCCUCGUGGCCCCUUCGUUGGCACUGCUCCGCCAACCCCUCCCCCCACGGACAACCAGAGCGGCGUCGAUGGCACCCUCGAGUCCAAGGGUCCUCGCUCAGAGCACUGUGACUUCGGUUUCCAGUCCCGAGACGGCCAGCACCGGUGUUGCCUUCCCGGUCGAUGUCACCAGCGCUCACUAAUUCGAUGCAUACUUUUUCCGCUUCGCUUGCCCACAUAA